AUGAACGAACUCAAGCCAUACACGUUGCCUCAGUUCCAGUCCGCUAAAGCUGCUGCCGCCGCCGCCGCCAAAGCGGCUGCGAAGAACAAGAAGCGGUACGAACAGACGCAGAAACAGGCCCGCAAGCAACAGAAGCAGUACUCAACCUCGGGUUUCGUGUCCGCAGGCGUACCUCCCUCGAACGUGACGCCCUCGCCACCUUCCGACUAUUCUUUUACGGGUUAUUCUCCCCGUACUUCCACUUCAUCCACGUCGUCGCUCUACGAGGACGACCUACGUUCUGUGGCUGCGACUACUACCACGAACGCUACAACCACAGCGCCAUCUAUUCGCUCAUCGUAUUCGACUUACGGAUACCCCUCUGGAGUGUCUGGUAUCUCGUCUCUCUCUGGCAUCGGUAUUUCAGGCCCUUCUUUUCCAUUGUCCCAACCAGCGAACUCAAACUACGUUAACAAUAGCCCUAACCGCGCCCCCAAACAGGACUGGUCCCAGCACAAUCAUCAUCAACAAGCGUUUGUUUUGCCUCAGGAGCCUUGUGGUAAAAACACUGACCGAGCAACACAGACAGAGGACCGGGACAUUCGUGGCACAGACGCAAGUGUCGCAAACAGCCGCAGCGCAACCCACGACCACGAGUUUGACUUUGAACAGGACGACCCCAGUCUCUACACGAAGGCCACUCCACAGCACAGCCCCCCCGGGCCAUCUAUCUCCAAAAUUCCGCACUCGUUACGAACAUCGACGGUCGCACACAGUGGUGUCUUGCCGCUGUCGUUCGACUCGUCUGAUGCUCACACGGCGUACUCGGCCAAGUCUGCCGAGACGGCCGACACUGCUCGAGUAGGGGAGUCCGACAAAGCUGAUGACAACGAAAGCUUUGUGCUGACCGACGUGAGAGAUGAUGCGAGCCACAAAAACACACAUGGCCACAGCAAGCAUCAUACCAACGGACACAAGCACAACCUGACCAACUUGGUGAGCCAGGUGCCGCUCCCUCUCCAUCAUAUUCCGCAUCACAAACACAAAGAUAAGGAUUACAAACCCGAGUAUAUUGAUUUGACCAGUGCUUCGGAAAGACAGGAGGAUGAGGACAAGCAAAUGUCCUCCGAGCACAAGGAGGAGGAGGAGGCCAAGCAUGGCCACAACACCAGUACCAACACCAACACCAUCACACAUCAUACUUAUGCAUCUACUCUCGACCCGAAACACAUUCAGGUUCAUUCUCUCGGCGUCCCUGAGUCUCCAACUACACAGCAGCAGUCUCAGCCGCAGUCAUCGUCUACGCCACUGGAACACACACAUCUCGAAUCGGUGACCACCACACAGCCACAGUCACCGUCGCCGGAGUCGACCACCGUGUCCCCCACUAACAGCGUGUCGCCAGCAUACCUGUCGUCGCUGUCAUCUUACAACAACGACGAUGAGAUGGCCCCCGAGAUCAAGGAGGACGAGUUCUUUGACGCGGAGGAGAAUGUCACCGCUGCUGACGCCGCCGAAGUGUCAGCGGGCUACUUUGCGACCCACCGACCAGUGCACCAUAGCGCCGAGGAGAUGGGGGUAGACCCUCUAAGCGUGGAGGACGCGAGCAGCGCCACCGACACCGGCACCGGCACCGACAAGACAAGCAUUAUCGACACAGUCCAAGGCGACGACACCGGCGCCACGACGGACACCAACACUGACACCAACACAACAACGCCGGCACAGGCGUCCUCUUCGACUGACACAUCCAGCAACACCGUCAAAAGCCCCUCUGCCAUUGCAUCUCCGGCCCAGGGCUCUUCUGGCGCUGAGACAUAUGCUGAUGCUGGCAACAACCACGCAUCGGGUCUGGUGCCUCCUUCGGCGCCCUUCUCAUCGCCUCUUCUCAAAGAGCAGUCGCCACCCAUGACCCGUCGUCAGACAGCUCCUCCUACUAACAUGCCUGCGCAGCCGUCUUCCGCGACUUUGCAUCCUCCCCACGCCGCCCACCGGCCGUCGCAUUCCUUUUCUCGGCGGCGAUCUGUACCUGUCCAGACCCACGGACACAACCACCCCGACUGCAUCCAGUUGCUGGACGAGAAUGAGCAGAAUGAGGUGAACCGGCUGCGGGACUCUAUCAUUGCGCAGCGUGAGUACAAGAAGAAGCGUCGUGAGUUUGUGGAGGAUGACAAGGUUCUUGUGGGCACCAAGGUGAGCGAGGGCCACGACAAUUACGUCACUGCAUACAACAUGUUGACGGGUCUACGGGUUGCUGUUUCGCGGUGCAACGCCAAGAACGACAGACCUUUGACUGACGAGGAUUUUACCGCCCGACACAAGCUGGCCUUUGAUAUAGUUGGCAACGAGCUGACUCCUUCGGCUAAGUACGACUUCAAGUUUAAGGACUACUCUCCCUGGGUUUUCCGACACUUGCGAGAGCUGUUCAAGCUGGACCCGGCCGACUACCUGAUGUCCUUGACCUCCAAGUACAUUGUCAGCGAGCUGGGCUCUCCUGGUAAAUCUGGAUCUUUCUUUUAUUUCUCUCGGGACUACAGAUUCAUCAUCAAGACGAUUCAUCACUCGGAGCACAAGCAGCUGCGCAAGAUACUCAAGGACUAUUACAACCACGUCAAGGCCAACCCCAACACUUUGAUUUCGCAGUUCUACGGCCUGCAUCGAGUCAAGCUGCCCUUCGGUCGUAAGAUCCACUUCAUCGUCAUGAACAACCUGUUUCCUCCCCACAGAGAUAUCCACCGGACGUUCGAUCUCAAGGGCUCUUCAAUUGGAAGAGAGCUGCCUGUUCCUCUCCCUACCACUGAGGAGGAGGAGGCUGCGCUAGCCCAGGGAGAGAACCUCCAGAACGCCGCCAUGGUGUUCAAGGAUAUCAACUGGAUCAAGGCCAAGCAGACGAUCAACCUGGGUCCCACCAAGCGAGACCAGUUCCUCAAGCAGCUGCAAGUUGAUGUGGAGCUUCUCAAGCGGCUCAACAUCAUGGACUACUCGUUGCUGAUUGGUAUCCACGACUUGAAGAGGGGAAACACAGAGGGUCUGCGAGACAAUCUGCUGUCAGUAUUCCAGCCCGUGGACUCUAACAACACGUCGGGUAAGCCGGAUGAGCUGAGGAGGGUGAUUAGUGCAACUAGCCCCACGGCAUUCAACACACAGGAUAUGCCUUAUGUUGUCAAUGAACACUCUAGCUUGCGCUUUUACGCGGAUGAUGGUGGCUUCAGAUCAACCAACGAGGAGGAUGAGCCUCUCGAUGAGAUCUACUAUCUUGGUAUCAUCGACUGCCUCACUCCUUACGGCUUUGUCAAGCGAGUGGAGACUUUCUGGAAGUCCCUCAAGCAUCCUCGAUUUGCCCUCUCGGCUAUUCCAUCGACGGAGUAUGGUGACCGGUUCUUCAACUUCAUGAAGUCAGUCGUCAAGUCGCCUCCAGCACAGGAGAAGCCUAGUCGGGGGCGGAGGCUAUUCAACAAGCUAACUAAGCCGAUCCAAUCAACUUCUCAGGGCGUCAGCCAAGGCGUGCAGCACCUCACAAGCCCUAUUUUUAACCAGGGCAAUGCGAGCACUUCAAGCUUCCAACACCACCCAAACCAUCAGCAUUUGCAUCAGGGCCACCACUUCGCCGGCUUCUCGGGCUACCAUACUCAUAGUCCUCAGCACAGUACCGCUACACCCACAGCGACAGUUAGCUCUGCCACUUCUGCCACUCCUGUGCCUUCACCAGCUCAGAGAAGCAGCUCCAUCGGUUCGGCGGCAGGUGUGCCUCGGUGCAACUCUCUGGGAGCCCCCGGCCGAACUUCUUCGUUUGGACGGACAGACUCCAUCUCGUCGGUGACGUCGACCCACACUGCUCGAUCCGGAAACACUGGCGCUGCCAACAAACCCAUCAGCAAACCCGUCAGUAAACCCGUCAACAAACCCGCUCUCAAUUCCAUGCCUCCUCCGGCCAGCAACAAGCCGCUGGCUCGGACUUCGCAGGAUAUUGAUAUCAAUGUUCUCCCCAGUUUGAAGGAGGUCGAAACCCGAGCUCCUUCGUUGAAAACUGAGAUGAGCCGGGAGUAA